UGCAAGGCAGACGAUACAGUUCUGAUUGGCCAUGGCAGCUCUUGUGAGGGUCCUGGUGGUCGCGCUUUGGUGGUGCCAAGUUGUGAUCAACGCCUCUUUGACUGAGUACAGCGAUGUGGCAAUAGCGCAACGUGUGGAGCGGUUGGUGGCCAAUUUGGACACCUACGUUUUCCCGGUGAAUAAUGAUGCGUUCUUUGAAACGGUGGACGAUUUGGCUGAGGAUCCUUGCGUGGAGGGCGACUUCGAUUUCAUCAUAGUGGGCACGGGCAGUGCGGGCGGCGUUUUGGCCAACCGUCUGACCGAAGUUGCCAACUUCACCGUUCUGGCGCUGGAGGCGGGCGAAGAGACACCGGUCGAGUCCGACAUGUUGGGCGUCAACAUCUACCUGCACCGAACCAGGCACAACUGGGGCUACAACACCACCGUGCAGGAAAACAUGUGUCUUGGCUCCGUCAACGCACGAUGUCCCUACCCGAGGGGGAAAAUGCUGGGCGGCAGCAGCGCCAUCAACUUUGGCAUGUACGUGCGCGGCCACCACGACGACUUCGACCAUUGGGAGGCCUUGGGGAACCCUGGGUGGGCCUACGAUGACGUGCUGCCCUACUUCAAGAAGGCGGAAUCGGCCACCUUUGGGGACGAUAUCGAUCUGGAGUAUCACGGAUUUGGGGGCCCACAGAAGACCGGCGUCCCUAAUGACACGCCAGUACUGACGCAGGCACUGAUCGACUGUCACAUCGACCUGGGCAAGACUGAGAAGGACUACAACGGGAAGGACCAGGAUGGAGUGAGUCGAUUGCAGUUCUUCCUGGACGGCAACACCCGGUCCAGUUCGAAUGAGGCGUUCCUGAAACCGGUGAGGCGGCGCCCCAAUCUGGUGGUGAGCACCGAGUCGUACGUCACGCGCAUCCUGAUCACCAACCAGACGGCCGAGGGCGUGGUCUACAUGAAAAACGGCAAGGAAUGUACCGUGCGGGCGAACAAGGAGGUUCUUCUGUCGGCUGGCGCGAUCAACUCGCCCCAGGUGCUCAUGUUGUCGGGCGUGGGGCCUCAGGCUGAGCUGGAAAAGCAUGGCAUCGAACUGAUCCAGGACCUGCCGGUCGGGCAGAACAUGCAGGACCAUCAGUUCUUCCCGGGCAUUUUCUACCGGACCAAUCAGACGCUCUACAACAUCACAUUGCUGCAGAUGGUGGACCUGUGGAAGCGGAACUUGCGCCCCCUGACGCCCAGUUUGGGCCAGCAGACUGUCAGCUUCUGGAAUUUCAUUGGCCCGGAGGACAGCCAACCGGAGGUGGAGUUUUUCUUCUUCGGCCCGCCCCUCAUCACGCCGGAUAUCGCCGUUAUCCUCGGCUACACGGAGGAGUACGUGGAGAUCUUCAACCUCCUGGACGCUUUGACGGACAUUUCCGUCAACGUGGAGCUGCUCCAUCCGCGGUCCACCGGCAGCGUCACGCUGCAAUCCAGCGAUCCACGCGACUUUCCAGUGAUCGAUCCCAACUAUUUUUCCGAUCCAGAGGGCGUUGAUCUUGAGAAUGUCUACAAGGGCGUCGAGGUGGCGCUGCAGUUCAACGACACCGAGACUUUCCGCAGUCUGGAUACCGAAUUCUUGCUGAUCCCCUAUCCAGAGUGCGACGCGCAAUACGAUCAACUGUCGAAGGACUGGUGGUAUUGUGCGAUUAAAACGUUGGCCAGCACGCUGUUCCAUCCAGUGGCCACCACCAAAAUGGGUCCAGAUGCCGCCACCUCCGUGGUGGACUCCCAGCUGAAGGUGCAUGGAGUUGAUCGGUUGCGGGUGGUGGAUGCUGGCGUCUUUCCAGACCACAUCAGCGGCCAUCCGAACGCGGCCGUGGUCAUGAUUGCCGAGAAGAUCGCCGACGAGAUUAAGAGCGAACAUUUGGGCUGCAGCUAUUGGGUUUAGGUUAGUUUGACUGGAUUAGAACGAACAUUCGAAAAAACCGA